GAUCGUGUUCCACCAUGUUCAACGUGGAAAGCCUGGAGCGGGCGGAGCUCGGGGAGAGCCUUCUUACCUGGAUCCAGACGUUUAAUGUUGAGGCACCAUGCCAGACUGUGGAAGAUUUAAUGAAUGGAGUUGUGAUGGCCCAGGUUCUUCAAAAAAUAGAUCCAGCUUACUUUGACGAUAAUUGGCUGAACAGAAUCAAAACAGAAGUAGGAGAUAAUUGGCGACUAAAGGUGAGCAAUCUGAAGAAAAUUUUAAAAGGGAUAUUGGAUUACAACCAUGAGAUUCUAGGGCAACAGAUUAAUGACUUCACCCUUCCUGAUGUUAACAUGAUUGGAGAACAUGCUGACGCUGCAGAGCUCGGAAGAAUGCUUCAACUUAUUUUGGGAUGUGCUGUGAAUUGUGAACAAAAGCAAGAGUACAUCCAGACCAUAAUGAUGAUGGAAGAAUCAGUUCAACAUGUUGUCAUGACAGCCAUUCAGGAGUUGAUGAGUAAAGAGUCUCCAGUCUCUGUUGGAAAUGAUGCUUACGUUGACCUUGAUCGGCAGCUGAAGAAAACUACAGAAGAAUUAAAUGAAGCACUAGCAACAAAAGAAGAAAUUGCCCAGAGAUGUCAUGAGUUAGAUAUGCAGGUUGCAGCCCUCCAGGAAGAGAAGAGCAGCUUGCUUGCUGAGAACCAGAUUUUGAUGGAACGCUUAAAUCAGUCUGAUUCUAUUGAAGAUCCCAACAGCCCGGCAGGUCGUAGACACUUGCAGCUACAGACACAACUAGAACAACUGCAAGAGGAAACAUUCAGAUUAGAAGCUGCCAAAGAUGACUACCGAAUACGCUGUGAAGAACUAGAAAAGGAAAUUGCUGAGUUGAGACAACAAACAGAAGAGCUUACUACGUUGGCAGAGGAGGCUCAGUCUUUGAAGGAUGAGAUAGAUGUACUCAGGCAUUCUUCUGAUAAAGUAGCCAAGUUAGAAAGUCAGGUAGAGUCAUACAAAAAGAAAUUGGAAGACCUGGGUGAUUUGCGAAGGCAAGUGAAGCUCUUAGAAGAGAAGAAUACAAUGUACAUGCAAAAUACUGUGAGCCUGGAAGAAGAACUAAGGAAGGCCAAUGCUGCACGCAGUCAGCUGGAGACAUACAAGAGACAGGCAGUUGAACUACAAAACAGGUUAUCUGAAGAAUCCAAGAAAGCUGAUAAAUUAGAUUAUGAAUGCAAACGACUGAAAGAAAAAGUAGACAGCCUCCAAAAAGAAAAAGAUAGAUUAAGAACAGAAAGGGAUUCUUUGAAAGAAACUAUUGAAGAGCUUAGAUGUGUACAAGCUCAGGAGGGUCAGCUCACCACAACAGGAUUGAUGCCUCUGGGAAGACAAGAGCCUUCAGACAGCUUAGCAGCAGAAAUUGUUACUCCUGAAAUAAAGGAGAAGCUCAUUCGUCUUCAGCAUGAGAACAAGAUGUUAAAGUUGAACCAAGAAGGUUCUGACAACGAGAAGAUUGCCUUGUUGCAGAGCCUUCUUGAUGAUGCAAACUUAAGGAAGAAUGAAUUGGAGACAGAAAACAGAUUGGUAAAUCAGAGACUUCUAGAAGUGCAGUCCCAAGUUGAAGAACUACAAAAAUCUUUGCAGGAUCAAGGCUCAAAAGCUGAAGAUUUUCUUCUGUUGGCUGCUGUUUUGCUUUAUACUAAUGUCAUCUCUGUUUCUUGGCAUGGGCUUCUGCUCAAGGCUAUUUCAAUUCUUCUGAAAAAGAAACUUGAAGAACAUCUUGAGAAGCUCCAUGAAGCUAAUAAUGAGCUACAGAAGAAACGAGCUAUUAUUGAGGAUUUGGAACCAAGAUGCAAUAACAGCUCACUCAAAAUUGAAGAAUUACAAGAAGCUUUAAGGAAAAAGGAGGAAGAAAUGAAGCAAAUGGAAGAGCGAUACAAAAAGUACCUGGAAAAGGCCAAAAGUGUCAUUCGCACCUUAGAUCCUAAGCAGAACCAGGGUGCAGCUCCUGAGAUUCAGGCUCUGAAAAAUCAGUUGCAGGAGCGGGACAGAAUGUUUCAUUCAUUGGAGAAAGAAUAUGAAAAAACAAAAUGUCAAAGAGAAAUGGAGGAGAAAUUUAUUGUUAGUGCCUGGUACAAUAUGGGGAUGACUCUGCAUAAAAAAGCAGCAGAAGAUAGACUGGCUAGUACAGGCUCAGGACAGUCCUUCCUGGCUAGACAAAGGCAAGCCACGAGCACAAGGAGAUCUUACCCUGGCCAUGUCCAGCCAGCAACAGCAAGUGAUGUGGUUGCAUGACCUGCAGCAUUAUUGUAACAGGGACUGUUCAAUGCAUGACUUGCUUUUCUGUCCAGACUGCAUAACCAAAACUUAACCAGUUCUACACUUAAGACUCAUGGCCAUCUGAUUUCAAAGGGGAUCUACUUGCAGAGAAGCCUGCCAUCUGGGGAGUGGCUUUCCCAUUUCCUGCUUCCAUUUACUCUUUCUCUUCACAAAAAGCCUCUUAUGAGGCUGGAAGAGAGAAAAUGCAGUGUUCAGAACUCGACAGGAGGUGUUCCGCAAACUGACAGAGCAGUGUCAGCUCUCCAUUUUGCUUCUACCUAGCCACUCCCGUAAUUCCGAUUAACAGUAUUAACACACAGACUUCCUGCAAUGUUUUCAUGAACUAUAAAAUCCUAGUCUUGGUGAGUUUCUAAAAACACCUUUUGGUUGCUGUUAAACACCUUCAGUUGCACCUGCACCCUUAAUGGAUCCACUUGGAGUCUUUAAAUACUUUAAGCAAAGCAAAGGAGGUGUUUUAGCAGGAGAAAUGACUAAGGAAUUGCUGCUUGGCCAUCCCAGGCAAGCUACCAGGCUGUCUUGUUCACAGACACUGCCUGCUUCCUUACUAUGUAUAUACACAGUAGAUUGUGGCUGUCGUAUUUUUUCUCUCUACACUAUAGCUGUGUUGUCAGUUUCCUUCAGAAACUUUUCAAUCUGUGUACAACUGUUAAAACAAUCUGAGGAAAGAACGUGAGUGGAGACCAGUAUGAAAGCCAUCUACACUUUCAGUAUUACGCAGACUGUCCUUGCCAGUUACUAAUUUGGGUCAUUUAUCUUUUACCUACACUGCUUUAUUAAUAUUUUUUUUUCUCCUUAUCACAAUCUUAGCUAUUUAACUUCCAAUUGCACUAGCUUGGCCGUUUCUUUGUAUUACAAAGUUUAGCUAUAAGAUUUGCCAUAUGUAGACAGUGUAACUCAACAUGCUGUGUACUGCCUAUAUUAAUUUAAAUGUUACUUAUUUAAUAUUCUUAAAUAUAUGCAUAUUUGUACUGCUGUUUCUUUGUUUUGUAUUGGACAUCCAGUACUGGCAAGAUUCAGAAGAUGAGGGAAUGCUGUAGUGUUGUAAGUUAAGAGGUUUAUUGUAUCAGAGUUAGCAUGUGGCAGACGGGAAGGGGGCUUUUAAAGCCACAGGGCUUGCUGGAACAUCUGAAGAGGGUCUGAGUUAUGAGUACCAUAACUGGUUUGAUUAAAGUCCAAUGCUACAGAAACCCCAAUCUUGCUCACUUGGGUCUUAAUCCUGCAGAAAUAUAAACACUUGUGUAUCCUGCUUGCUCCAAGAAUGGUUUUGCUUUUUGGGGCAGUAUCAUAGCCACUGGCCCCAUUUUCCAUAUGACCACCCCUAUGCUGGAGAAAUGUGUCCACUAGUCUCUGGAGUCACUUCUUGUCACAAACCAUGGUGUAUGCCUUGUCCUGUUAAGUGGGGCUCUGUGCAAAGCUUCACCUUGUGCACUGAAACUCCUAAACGUGUUCAGUCCUCAGGGAUCAGGAUACUCACUGUUGGUGGCAUUGUGCCUAGUGACUUGGAGAAAAGACAGACCACAUCCCCACCUCUGUUUCCACAUGGGAGUCUGUGCCGCUCAGCAAAGGGAAGGGCAGGCAGGAAUGGGCUCCCAAGCAGACCGUGCAGGAGAGGGAAGGACAAGCAUUAAGAACCUGGUGAGAUGUGUGGCGUGUUCCUUUCUGGGUACCAUACCAGAUGGGGGAGCCUGUGGCUGCCAGGUGCUCUGGCUGACAGCAGUCUGGAAAGACACCUCGAAGGGGAUAUAGCUUUCGUGGUCCACCAGGACCUGGGACAGUGAAGUCUAAUGUGACCUGCGGGGAAGAUCUGGGGUUUGGUGGUGACAAGUCAGGUAUUCCUGCAGCAGCACUUCCAUCAGACUGAGUCCAGUCGAGAGCUAAAAUUUUUGUGUCUUUCCAGACCCUAGCCAUCAUUCCUUUCCCUUAUGUGCCCAGGCAAAUAUUACUAAAAAAACUUGUUUCUCUUGGGUGUUAAAGGCAUGAUUUUUUUCCCAAUUUGCAAGUGCUACUCCAGUGGGGAUUGGACACUGCCACAAGUCAGGCUGGAUGUGGGAACUCUGAACCAGGGGCUUUGUGCAGGGCGGGAGGGGAUGGCUUUUUUUAUGCACCCGCCUGCUCAAACAUCCCAAGGUGAAGCUGAGCAGUACCUCAUUCCUCCAAGUGGUCUGUGCAAAUUAGGGAUUAAGUAUCAGUUGUUCUUGAGUCUGAAGACAUUUGUAUGUGAGUGUGUUUAGCUAGACAGAGUUCAUUAAUGCAAGAGAUGUCAGGUGGUGCCAGUAACUUUCAGCAAGUGAGCUGGCUACUUUCGUUAGAUUAGCCUAGCACCUCUGCCGUGAAGCAUUUGUGAGUUCACAACCCAGAGGUGAUCUCCAGCAUGUCUCUGAUAUACUAACUUCAUUUGUGCUGCAUAGAAAACUUUAAUAGCAGCUUGUUUGACAGUCCUGAAUUAAGUGUCAACAAAUUAUCAAAGUAACUGUUUGUGAAGUUGCCAGUGAUACAUUUUCUGUAAAAGAAUGGAUUCUUGGAGUGUCAAAAUGUUAAUUUCCCAUUUCAGUUCAUCUACAAAUUUUGUAACUGCCAGAGUGGUAGCAGUAUUAAUAUACAUAUCUGUAUAUAGACCAAAAUAUUACUCAGUAAUGAUCAUUGGAAUCAAAAUGUUUAAUAUUUUUUCCCCAGUCAAAUACACUAAAGCUCCAAGGUGACAAAAGAGUGUACAGUUAAACAAGUUGUAAAUAAAUGCUUAU